GGAGGUAGUAGGAGGGAUAAGGGGUGGUAUUACUUCACCCCGAGGGUAGCCAAUAGGGAGAGUAGAGGGGAUGCCGAGGUGAGGGAGCUAGCCUCCUGGAAGGCUAAAAGGGCCAACCAGAAUAGGUUUAGUUUGAAUGAGGAUGAGGAGGAAGAAGUGAGGAAGUUGGUGAAGAAGAUGGGGGAUUUACUAAACAUAAUGGACCUCACCAGCGCACAAUGCAUAGAAGCUGCUGAGCUCUAUGGACCAAGCGCUUUGAGUGAAGCUGAAAUGGACAAGUUUUUAAACACUGCUGGAGGAGCGGCCAUCCCCAAGAAGCCAAGGAAGAAGUCAAAGACUUCAACCAAGCAAAUGGAUGAGGAGAGGGCAAGGAAGGAGGUAGUGCCCACGACUUUAGCUAAGGUAGAGGAGGAGGUGCCACAGUUGAAGAGGAAGGGGUGGGAGGAGAGGAAGGCACUGCAGAAGAAGCAGAAAGUGGUGGAGGAGGAGAGGAGGGAAGAGGUACCACAGUUUGUACCUCAGUCUCCUCCUGUUGAGUUGAACCCUGAGCUCAAACAGUUGGAGGAGGGGGCUGAGGUACGAGCUCCUGGUAAGGGAAAGGGGCCUGUUCCCCGGCUAGGGCCUCAGAGUAGCCUGUUCGAGGAGAAGAACAUGACGGGGGUUAGGUGGUUCAUCAAUAGCACCUUCCUCGAAGUGGACAGAUGCAACGCGCGGGAGGAAGCUCUGAGGUAUGGUGGAGCGUCCGUUGUGAAGCACGUUCUAGAGAGCGCGAGCUGGGUGAAUGGACUAGCCCAGGAAUUCAGGGAGAGCCUGAAGGAGCGCUCACUCUUGCAGAGGCAGUGUGACCAGCUGCAGAAGGAGAAGGAGGAGGUGGAGAAGAGAAACAAAGAACUGCAAGAGUCGCUGAACGAGGUGGUUCCUACUGUGAAGCAGUUGGAGCAAGAGAGGGCUUCCCUGAGCACCAAGCUCGAGAAUGUGCAGACCUUGGUGCAUAAUGGAAUGAAGGAGCACAUCAGCAACUUCAUCAACUCCAGCUCGUUUGACAACAUCGUCAACUUAUAUUGGCUGCCCACCGCCAUCAUUGCAUUCACGGACUGCAGGAAGAAGGUGAAGGCAGAAUAUCCCGAAGUGGAUAUUACGAAGAUCACCUUCGGAGAGCAAGAAGAAGGACUGGAGGAAGACGGUGAGAGCAUGUCAGCAGACUUCCGUCCUCAGAUCAACCUGAGGUGGGAGCAUGAUGCAAACGGACGUGCUGUAUUCCCUCCCCAGUUCGACUUCAAGUUUAUUGCAGUGGAAGAAGAAGGGGCAGAGGUAAAGGGAGACGAGGUGGAGGCAGGAGUGGAGGGAGCUGAAGUGGAUGAGAGCGAACCAGUUCCAGAAGUGGAGAUUCAUCCAGUUCCCUCCGACGAUGAACAGCCUCCUCUGCCAGACGAGCAGCAGCCAACACAGCCACCUCCUCCAGCUGAGUAGGAGCUAGUGGAACCACCUCUCCUGGCAUAGAAAUAAUUUUGUUUUUUAAUUUUUUGUAGAAACAUUAAUCAAUUUGUAACACCAUU